AUGUGGUCUUGGGUGUAUUUCCUCAGCUUCUGCUCUUUAUCUCUUGCCCAAUCCAACUAUGAAGGACACAAAAUUGUACGUGUCAUUCCAGCAGAUGAUAAUCACAUGCGUGUUUUGAGAGAUAUGGGUGGACAAUUAGGAUAUGAGCUUGAUUUCAUCAGAAACAUUCACAAUGUCGGACGACCCGGCGAUUUGAUUGUUGCUCCUGAAAACCUUGAUAAAACACUAAAUUAUUUAAAUGACGCUCAAGUUCCAAAUGAAAUUCUAGUUAAUAAUUUCGAACGAGUUGUACGUAGAGAGCGUAGAGCUUUAGGGCAGGCACCCAAUGAGUACGAAGACGAUCCUACACUAAUCGGAAAAAAAUAUUUACCGUUUGAUAAGCAAAUGGAAAUACUUGGGCGGAUUGUUGCUAGAAAUCCUCGGAAAACUAGGCUAGAACAGAUUGGAGUAUCAACAGAAGGAAGACCUAUCAAAGCAAUUUGGAUCGGAUAUCCAUCCAAUAGAACAAAAACAAUUCUUUGGAUUGAUGCAGGUAUUCAUGCUCGUGAAUGGAUCGCUCCAGCUACUGCCAUGUAUGCAAUUUGGCAUCUGGUGAAUGACAAAAUAUACACCACUCUAUUGCAUCAUAUUGAUAUUGUCAUUGUUCCGAACGUCAAUCCUGAUGGUUAUGAAUACAGCCGUUUACAUGAAAGAUUAUGGCGCAAAACUCGUUCAAAAACAGGAGCUGUUACCUGUUAUGGUGUCGAUGCCAACAGAAAUUUCCCCUUCCAUUUUGGACAAGAAGGAGUUAGCAAUCAAUCAUGCAGUGAAAUUUACUGUGGAACAAAUGCUGAGAGCGAACCAGAAGUUAGAGCUGUUGUAAAUGCUCUCAGGAAGUAUAGUUCAAGAAUUGGAGGUUAUUUAACCUUGCAUUCUUACGGUCAAGAUAUUUUGUACCCUUGGGGACACACUGCAAACCGAACAGAACAAUACCCGCCUGAUGUUGCUGACUUGGUUUCUAUGGGAAACAGAAUGGCUGCUGCUAUCCGAAGUGUUAAUGGAACCAUUUAUACAGUAACAAACAGUGGCAGCGGCUUUUAUCCCGCUUCUGGAGCUUCAGAUGACUGGGCUAAAAGCAUUGGAAUAAAGUACUCUUACACCAUAGAGUUAUCUCCCAGAACUUCUUAUUAUGGAUUUGAAUUACCGAAUAACUUCAUUGAAAGAGUAGCUAGAGAAACACUUAAGGGUAUGCUAGAGCUUGGUAAAUCAUUUGUUAAGAAAACCAAAUCAACCACUGGAGAGAUUUUGAGAGCUAAAUUGAACGAUGGAGAAAUAAAUUCGAAACUGCGAAGUCAAGGUCGACAGGGAUAA